AAGUUAAUCAUAAGAAAUAAUAUUUGACUUAUUUUUUACAUUUGCAACAAUUACGCACGCAUAGUAAAUUUAAAAAUAAAAUGCUAGCUCCGUCCCUGUCCAAUCUCAAUAUUCUAAUUUUAAAUAUUCUCUCCAAAAAUAGACAUAAAUACCCCAUAGUUGAAAUUGGUCCCUAAAAUGCCUCCCCGAUCAUUCACACUGUCACAACUCAAGACCCACGUUUGUUUGUAUCGCAAAAAUUCAUUUAUCCAAUUACCUACAUCUUGAUGAGACCAACUAUUGUCGUAAUGCCAAGUUCUAGUUCCCAAAACGGUAUUGGUUGUUGUGGAUGUUUUAGAUGUUGUACUUGUAUCAAUGUGAACUUUUUGAAAACAGAAAUUGGUGUUGUGAAAGCCUUAGAAGUUAUUUUAGGAAUGAUUUGCCAUUCUCUUGUGCUAAACUUUGGAACUCAGUAUGCUGUAACGAUAGGUUCAUCAUAUCAAUCCUUUCUCACAAUAGCUUCAUGGAGUUUCAUGACAACAGGUUUACUCUUAUUAUGUUACAUUUGUUCACCUAGAUCUCUUGGACUGAUUAGACAAUCUUUAUUUGAAACAGCUUUCAAUUCUAUAGCAGCUUUCAGUUAUAUUACAAGCUGUUCUUAUUUGGGAUAUGCUGUAAACAUGUUUUUACAACCACUUGCCCUAAUGUCUUCUGCUCUACAUGCUUAUCCAGCAGUUAGUACAGCUUAUAUUUUGGGAACUUUUGUAGGCCUGUUAUAUUCAUAUGAUGCUUGGAAGUCAUGGACAUAUUACAGAAACUUUAUUUGAAUUUCCCUAAUUGAUCUCUUGGUAUUUAUAACUCUUUAUCAACCUCAUACCAUCAGUGAAUUUUAUUUUUUGGACAUGUAAAUAUAUCAUCAUGAGUGCAAUAAUUAUAUUAAGACUGUAUUGUAAAUAACUGAGUGAAUGAUUUGAUUAUGAUUAUUUCCUCUGAUUAUAAUUUUUAUUAUAUGAAUGUAUUUAUAAACAUAUUAAUUGAAUUUUAAUUAUUUAUUAAUUAAACAACAAAUAAAUA